AAAACAUAUAUCAACCUUCCAAACAACACAGAACAGCAUGGAUUUCCUUCUUUCAUUUUCAACGACUCUGACCACCGGAAUCUUGGCCUUUUUACUCUUUAUUUGUAGUUUCUUAGCCCUUUCAAGGCGAGGAAAUGCUCAAAAGAAGAGAAUGCCACCACAAGCUGGUGGUGCAUGGCCGAUUAUCGGCCACCUACCAUUGUUGGGGGGGCCAACACCACCUCACAGAAUCUUGGGUGAAAUGGCAGACAAGUAUGGUCCUGUUUUCACUAUUAAACUCGGUGUUCAUCGUGCUUUGAUAGUAAGUGAUUCCGAAGUAGCAAAAGAAUGCCUAGCUACAAAUGAUAAGGCGUUCGCUACACGCCCGAAGUCAGUAUCCAUGGAGGUUUUGGGCUACAAUUACGCCAUGUUUGGCUCCAGCCCUUACGGAUCCUAUUGGCGCCACGCACGUAAAAUUGCCACAGUCGAGCUUUUAUCAAAUCACAGGCUUGAGAUGUUCAAACAUGUUCGAGAAUCGGAGAUGAAGGCAUGGAUAAAGGAAAUACACCACAUAUGGGAAAAUAACAAAGAUGGUUCCCAUAAUGUGUCGAUGGAGAUGAAGAGAUGGUUCGGAGACCUCACCCUGAAUAAGAAAGGGGGCUUAGGGGUUCGGGAUUUAAGGAAAUACAAUUCAGCUUUGCUAGGGAAAUGGUGGGCUCGUUUUGAGGAUAAUUCUGAAGGGCUGUGGAAGAAAAUUCUAAAUGCAAAAUAUUAUAACGAAAGGAGAGGCGUAGUAGGUGCAGGCAAUAUUAGAAGGAGAAGAUUAUCGAAAGUAUGGGAAGACAUUGUUAAAUUAGGGAAUGUUGGUAGUGAAAUGGGUGAGAUAGUAGGUAAUGCUUUUGUUUGGGAGAUUGGAGAGGAUAUAAAAAUUGGUGAGAUGGGGGAGUGGUGUGAGGGGGAAUGGAGGUGGAAGACUGAUUGGAAGAGGGAUUUAUCAAGAAGGGCUAGAGAGGAUGAGAGAUUACUACUAGAACAGAUAGCAGGGGUAAGGAUAAAAAAGGGUAUUGAAGAUAGGAGAAUUUGGAAACAUGAUGGCAAUGGAGAAUAUUCUAUUAAGAAGGCCUAUUCUAUUUAUAUGAUGAUCAAUGUGUGCUGGAAAAUGACCUGUGCAAAGCAAUUUAGAAUAAUCUUAUGCCUGGAAGAAUUUCCUUUUCUGCUUGGAGAUUGUUUUUGGACAGACUCCCAACUAAAAGCAAUCUAGAUCAAAGAGGCAUUCAAGUGGGAGUUACAAACAACCUUUGUGAAAGAUGCAAGGAGGAGGCAGAGGAUGUGAGGCACUGUAUGCUUAACUGCAAGUUCACUUACCAGACUGUGCAGCAACUAUCUCGUAGACCAGGGAGUGGAUUUGCUUGUGUUAAAUAUAUAAUUUGAGGAUUGAGGUUGAUAUAUUGAUAUUUCUUGAUAUAAUGGGUUUGAGAUCCCUCAAUCAGAAAAAACAAUUUUGGAAAAAAGAAAAAAACACUAAGAUUGAAAAUCUAACCUUAAUUUCAAACCUCCAGAAUUGUUUCUGAUUUCUCCGUUCUUAAUUGUUGAUGAACUUAUUGAGGUGGCUUAUCCAGCGGAAUCCAGGGACAGUGCUCUUCAAUUAAGAAGUAACAUGAAUGUCAGGUUUCUCAGAAAGUAACGACAGGGUUCCUCUUCCCUUUUUCGAUUGAAGAGGGCACCUGGUGAUGUUGCGCC